GAGUCGAUCUUGCCACCUUGCAGGUACAGCGAUGGUCACUGGAUCGAGGGUUUGCGGCCUUCUUUGGAGGACAUUGCGGAAGCAGUGGAAUGUUUCCUCUACCACUCCAGGCCAAGGGGCAAAAGUUUGCCUACUGGUUCUGAGCCUGCUCCACUUGAAGAUGCUGAUGAUGAAGAAGCAGAAGGCGCCUACGACGAGGAAUGUCCAGAGAGUGAGCCCGAGGAAUCCGACCCUGUGGUGGAGGAUGAAAUUCCCGAUGGACAAGUGCAUCAAUCAGCAGGGCCAGGCCCCAAUGUUGAGUCAGGUUCUGUGGAUGAUCAUGAUGAUCGACAGGAUGCGGAGUUCCCGGGACCCGGAAAGCACAACAUAGUCAAAUCACGAACCCAUCAAGGUGAAUGUCACAAAUGUGGACUUCGUGGCUCUUGGGACUCAAUCAAGUCUCGGGAAUGCAGAUCGCAACAGCCUACCCCUUCACCCAUGGAAGUGAUUGAGGCCAACCCUGAUAAGACCGUUGUUGACCAUACUAAGUCAUUGUCGGCAGAGCUUGAUCAAGCCCUGCAAGCAGGGAAGUCCGAGGAGGCCAUGGAGAUUAUGACUUUGCUAGAGAUUCAACAUGAACAUGACAAGAUCGAAGACGAGGAGUUGGCCCUUCAAAUGAUGGAGGAGGAGUUGAAAAUCCUAGAGAUGACUGAGCAACUCCACAAGUUGGAGAUGCAAGCUCUCGAGGAACAGGAAACCAUUCAAAUGAAUUAUGCCAAGGACUUGUCAAUGAAAGAUGUUGCUCGCCCACCUGCCAGACCAUUGGUAUCAUCUACCCCGGUUCCAGCUGUUUGUCCUGACCUUCUGGACACCCUGCCCAUGGAGUUCCCGGAACCCUUUGUGCCUGCUGUGGUUGACUCGGCUGGCUCCAAGUCCGAGCCUCCCGAGACGUCUGGGACCAUGGAUGCGGGAUCAAUCAUUGCUCGCCAGAGAACCCUGAAGUUGGGGGAAGUUCCUAGUGAUGAUGAUGCUUGUGAAGAUCACAAGGACACUGCGUUGCCGACAUCAGUGAGCAACCCUCGUCCAUCUGAUGUUGUGGAUGAUUUGGAACCUAUCAAACCCAGUGAGCAGGGCCAGCGCAAGAGCGGGUGUAGAAAGGUUGAGGAUGAUGAGGAGAACGAAGAGGAAGACGGCAAGGAUUCUGAGGAGAACGAGGAAGGUGCCAAGGAGGCAUCGGAUGACAAUGAAUGCAAAGAACCCGCAAAGCAUGGACCAUGCAGAGCAAAGAGAGCAAGCAAAACACCCAAGAAAUCUAAGGCUGACAAGGUUGACAAGGCAGAUGCAAGCAACAAGAAGCCAACUAGGAAAGCAAAACCUGCAGCAAAGAUGACUGACAAGAGCGCCAAGGGUAAGGCAAAAGGAAAAACGACUGAGCCAGCACCAAAGGCAGCAAAUGAUCGCCGCAAGAGCAAAUCCAAGGCAGUUGACCCGGGUGACAAGGUGCCAAAGAAGAAAGCCAAAAAACAUGAGGUAGCUGUAGAUGAGAUGCCGGAGGCUGACAAGGCUGACGAGAACCAGGAGCCAACAAAGACACGCAAAAGCAAAACCAAGGAGAAGAAGGAGAAGGAGGAGAAAGCAUCUUCAAGCACAGAUGUCCCCAAAGUUCCCAAGAGGAAGGCAAAGGACCUUGAGGGCAAAGCACCCAAGGGAUCACCCAAGAGAUCUCCGAAGGGAGAUUCCAAAGCCACGGAUCCACAAGCAGCCAAGCAGCGGCAGUCACGAAAGUCUAGCGCAUACCACAAGGCAAAGUUGGCAGCCACAAAGGCAGGUAAAAGCCCAGAGGAAGCCAACAAGCUCGCAAAGGAAGCAGUUCAGUUGCAUAUGCCAACACUGAGUGAUCGAGAAAGCAGCUGCGAUGGCAGAGAUGCCGCGAAACCAGAAGAGAAUAAGCACAUGGGCAGUCCAAACCUCACUCUUGAGUCGUCAGCCACGGCAUGUUUGGGUGGGCGGUUAUGCCUCUGUGUGAUCCUGGGGAUGGCGCCAGAUAGUCUGGUGAUGCUGGCACCAGAUUGCUCUUCAUGGGGCAUUCCCGCUCGGCAUACCCUGCAGAGUUUGGGAGAAAUCUCCUCCGGGCCUUUCAAGCCCACAUUGCGGCGAUUGGUCCUGGUCGUGCUUGGGGACAAGAGCUUGACCGAUGAGCUCAUGGUGUUGCAGAACGAGGGCCGUGAACCCAAACGGGUAAAAUGUGAGGCGAGUCGUGCACGAGUGGAUGCCUUACGACGCAAGAAGAGCAACCAGGCUUCCACCCUCUCUCCAGAAGAGCCACCAAGCGCGCCCUCUCCUGUCCUUGCCUCGGGGCCGUCUGCUGAAGCUGAAGAUCGUGGCCUGACGCCGACGAUUGCUGAGGAGUCUGAGCCAGGUGAGAAGCUCAAGGCCAUGUUCCAUCAGCAUGGUUCCUUCGAGGAGUUAGAGAUUCAGGUGAAGAAGCACCACAUGAAAUCUAGGGAAGAUGCGAAGACAGGAGGUUGGUACACCAAACAUGCCCUUGAGUUCAAAGAGGGCUGGUCGUCCAUGAUUCAGAAGGCCCUUGAUUGGGGUCGCAAGACGAAUAACCUUCGGGUAAAUCCCAUCCAUGGCGAAGAAGAGAUUCGCAUGAUCUUGAGUGAGACUUUCUGCCACAAAGAACUCCACCAAGAAGAGACGAACAGGGAAGGGGGCAUGGUUGUUCAGGACGAGUCUGGUAGCAUGAUGGACUCUGCCUUGCCUGACAUCAACGAUGCCAAUGCAGAUUUCCUUUUGCCUCCAAAGGCCACGGCGGGAAGGGAGCUAGUGCCGCAAAUGGAAUCUGUCUUUUCCAAGAUGCAAUCAGAGUAUGAUUCCCUGACCAACUUGCUGUCGGAAGCUACGGUGAACCCUGAGAAUAUGGAUAAGCACCAGAAAGCGAAGAUCCAGGAGCAUUUCGUGGUAUGCACCAAACUGGAUGUUUCGAUGAAUUCCCUCUUGCUGCGAUCCAAGCCCAUGAAGGCGUCCUCGGUUGCGCCGAGCAAGUCUCCGGGGGGUGCUGUUUCAAAGCCAAAGGCAAAGGCCAAAAGGUCUGCCACUAAGAAGAAGAAAUCGCCGAAGGCUGUUUUGGCGAUGAUGUGGGCCGUAGAUGUACCUAGUCUGCAUUGUACUGGCUACAGCAGCUCUGAUGAUGAAGCAGUCGAUGGUUUGGUGGACAACUUCGCCCGAGGAGUUAAGGUUCCACGCCGUCGGAAACUGCUCGUCAAGCCUUGGCCAGUUCUCUAUAUGACAGAUUGGGCGAGGCAUACCUACACCAGCCGAUUAGUGUACACGGUGGUGCCAUCUGAAUGCUAUGCCCCUGGCGGUGCAACCGUUGACGGUCUGCUUGAAGCUCUGGUGUCUGACCUCGUUCGAUUGGAAACUGAGGGUCUUGAGGUUAUCAGUGCACCCGAAUUUGUCACUUAUGUGAUGCUGUUGAAAUUUGGACUGGCAUGCUCUUGGACCUACCGGGCCCAUACGCUGCAAGACUUUCCCAGAGGUCUUGGAAAAGGAUCCGACACAGCAGUGGUGGGAGCUUGGUUGGAGAGUGUCCUAUCACAUGUGGAUUUAGGAAGCUUUUGGGGCAGCAGCGAGAAUGGCAAAAAGGCUUGGCUACAGCACAUCGUGCUGGGCCGACGAGGACAUGAUAGAUCCUGGCAAAAGGAUUCGAGGAAGGCAAUGGAAAACACGAUGUGCAAGCAGCUGUUGGCUGUGGGGGACGGUG